AGACCCAGAGGCAGACCCAGAGCAGGACCUGCUGCCUAUAUCUCGCGGCUUUCUCGCCUUCACCUUUGGACCUUGGAUGUAUGGACAAAGAGUGGCCCCGCUGUCACGCCUUGGACUGGAUCGAUGAAAAGCAAGAGAUAUCUUCUUUAAGUAAUCCUAGCUGGGAAUCAUGCUGCAAGCGGGGAUUAGCUCAGUUGCAACUCUUGCCUGAUCCGCCUCAGUACUUGAAGGGUUUGCUUGAACGCACAGACACCCAAAGCUGUCAUUUUAAGGACAACCUUUGCCUUUACUUCAUUGGGCUGCGAUAUUGUUUUGCCUGAGGAUCGUGCCAACAACA